UACCCAAAGCAUCAAACCUCUUCCUGUUUUUACAAACCCAAGACCAAAAAUAGCAAUUCUUUGCAAAUCAUCAAGUCAUAAAUUUUCUCUCUCCUCUGACCAGUGCAGUGCCCACAAUUUCUGGGUUCCUAAAUUCCCAGAUCUAAUUACAUCUUUGACAUUUCCCCAUAAAUCCCAUCACAAUCACACCCCAUUCCCUCUUUCUCUCUCUUCCUCCUUCGAUCUCUCCGUCAUUCCCUUUCCCUUUCCCUUCCCCCCUUCUCAUUAUAUAUACACCUCCAUUCUCCCUAAAAUGUCUAUCUUUUACCAUUCCUCAAAACUCUUCCUUCCAAUCCAAACAUGAACUCCGAUUCCCUCCGUAACAGAAAACCACCCCUCAACGGUAUUAGUAACGGUAACGGUGUUUACUACAGUGACGGUGACAGAAUGACGGUGAUGAAAGGGAAGAAAGGAGGAUUGAGUGGGUUUAUGGAAACGGCGUCGUUUAUGAAGUGGGGGAUUGAUGACGUGGCUGGGGUGUUGAAGUAUCAUCCAUUGCCCUGCUUUUUUGCGGUGGCGUUGCUUUUCUUUAUGGGUGUUGAGUAUACUUUACGCAUGAUUCCGAGCGAUUCUCCACCGUUAGAUGUUGGCUUUGUUGCCACUCGUUGGCUUAAUCAUGUCCUGUCUACUAGUCCAUCUCUUAAUACCCUCUUCGCCGCUCUUAAUACGGUGUUUGUGGGGAUGCAAACUACAUACAUUUUGUGGGUUUUCCUUGUAGAGGGACGAGUGAGACCUGGACUUGCUGCCUUGUUUAUGUUCACUUGUAGAGGAAUUCUCGGUUAUUCUACUCAACUACCAUUGCCUCAGGACUUUGUGGGUUCAGGAGCAGAUUUCCCGGUAGGAAAUGUGUCUUUCUUUUUGUUCUACUCAGGGCAUGUUGCGAGUGCUGUGAUUGGAUCUUUAGACAUGAGGCGCAUGCAAAGAAGGGGAUUGGCAUGGACAUUUGAUUUUCUUAAUAUCUUGCAAAUAGUUAGACUGCUUGGAACAAGAGGUCACUACACAAUUGAUCUAGCUGUUGGGGUAGGAGCUGGCAUGUUAUUCGACACUCUUGCUGGAAAGUACGAGGAGAGCAGGAAAAUUUCAGCGGCACCUUCCCCUACUAAUGGAGUCUACUCUUCAAUAAGGUAGUUUUACAAAGAGUAUGAGGUAUGGCUGGGCAGAGUAGGUCCAGGCAAUGUAUGCAUAAAAAUGUACUAAAGCUAGAUGUACAUUAUUGAGUAAUGGCUAAUCUCAAAGGGUUCUUUCAUAAUUUUAACUGCAUUUUGUUGAAAUAUUCUUGUUUUAGCUCACAAUAUACACAUUUACUGUGACUUCAACCAUUGCGAUUUAAAUUUACUAAUUUCUUUAGUUCUCUAU